GCUUCGACCAAGGCCUCGGCUACGGAUGGCAGGGCGAGGGCUGAGCCCGCUGCCGCAGGCACCGCCGCAGGCGCCGCCGCAGGCUCGUCGCAUCCAAGGCCCAGCGAGCCCCAAGAGCCUCAGAGGAGUGAUGCUCGAAGUGAAAAGAAGGGCAGUACUCCUGCUCAGGGUCAGGGUCAGCGCAAGGGCACGAAGGUGGACCUACAAAAGGCAGCCCCUGACGCUGCUGCUGCCCAAGGCCGGCACGAGAAGCUCGUGCUGACGCCUCGCCACGUCGCAGGCCCUGGCCCUGGCCAUGGCGAAGCUCGGACGACGUUUUCCGCGGGCGCUGCUUCCCUCACGCAAGCCACACGUGGCUCCGGCUCGGGACAUGACGAGUCAGACCGCAGCUGGCGGCACGUUUCAGAGGCAGAUCGCAGCAGAGGCCACAGAGGCGAGCGAUCCACUGCGGCUGAGCCGGAUGAGCAGAUGCACGGGAAGGCCGUGAAGCUGACGGGCUCAAAUACCGUCCAGAGAGGGGAAGGUGCCUCGAGAGCAGAGUUCUCUCAGGGAAGCCCCGCCGCAAGCGACAAGGGGCGUGUCUGGAGAGGCAAAGAUCGCGGGGAGGCAUCCUCGCGAGGCUCUGGGCAGCUGCGUGCAGAGGACGGGUGGGACGAGGAAGUGUACGACUACACUGACCAAUACAGGGAGCCUGUCACACGUCGCGAUGAAGGCAGGCCACUGCCCCCCCGACCUCCGCUGGCUCGACCCCGCCAAGUGGUGCUGAAGUCUCGAAGCAGGAGUCCCAAAAGCCUCGCGGCUCGGGACACUGACAGGCAUGGUACCCAUGGACACAGUGGGCACAAGGAGCAGGCCGAUCGCUCUUACCGCGAGUGGCCGAGGGCUGUCCAGGCCAAUGGCGAGCACUACGAGGCCCCGAGGAUACGCCCUCUUCCCGAGGUGACGCGUGGGGCAGUGGCCAGAUUCGACAUACACCUUCGACCGGUGAUCGAAGUAAUGCUGCCCCCUCGAUCGCCGAUCGCUUGGCCGAGUGUGACUCGAGGUCACGCGAGGCGGACAAACAAAGCGGUGAAAGGUCACGCCAGUUAA